CAUCGAAAGAAGCUGACCGUGAUAAGCUGCAGUUUGUUCGGUUGUUGACGGUUUUAUUGUUCUGUAUAGAUGAUUUUUAAUCAACUGUUGAUUGUGACAUGAACAAUCUAUCGCAAAUAGUGCAUGUACUGUGACGUAAUCGCAUGGAUAAUAACAACACACGUUGAAAGAUGCUACUUAAAAUAUUGUUUCUACUCUUCAGUAUCAGCUAUGCCGUGCCCGAAAGUCCUUUCCAAAACGUCUUCGAUGAUCUCAGCUUUCUGUUUAUGUACGGAAACCACUCAUCCCGAAUUCCGGAUACCACCGUGUUCCGCAGGGAGUAUGACUUCAUAGUGAUCGGUGCCGGUUCCGGUGGCUCGGUAAUGGCAAAUCGACUUAGUGAAAAUGAAAAUUGGAACGUUCUGCUGCUGGAAGCUGGCGAUGAGGAAAAUGUGAUCGUUAGUGUACCGUUGACGGCGGGACUGACCACUGCUACCAGAUUCAGUUGGGGCUAUCGGGCGGACCCAAUGAACAAUGCUUGUUUGGGGCUAGAGAACGGUGUCUGCUAUUGGCCAAAAGGUCGAGGGUUGGGUGGAACCAGUUUGAUAAACUUUUUGCUCUACGGUAGAGGACACAUGCGAGAUUAUGAUGAGUGGGAACAGAAGGGAAACUACGGCUGGAGUUAUAAAGAUGUUGUCAAAUAUUUUCGGAAGGCUGAGAAGAUCAAGGGUGAAAAACCAAACCCGGUUGGGUACCUACACAUCGAGCAAAGUUCCUAUGAAACACCAAUGCUGCGACAGUUCAUUAAGGCUGGCGAAGAAUUAGGUUACCAGGAAAUCGAUCCAAAUGAUAAAAUUCAACUUGGGUUCUAUAAAACUUUAGCAACUAUGGUUAAUGGCGAACGCUGCAGUGCCGCCAGAGCAUAUUUACGACCAAUAGCCCAUCGACAAAACUUGCACAUUUCAAUGAAAUCAUGGGUCACAAAGAUUUUAAUCAAUCCAGAAUCGAAAACUGCGUAUGCCGUUGAAUUCAUGAAGAGUAAGAAGCGAUAUCAUAUGAAAGCUACGAAGGAAGUAAUACUGUCAGCAGGAGCAAUUGCAUCACCGCAACUCCUAAUGCUAUCUGGCAUUGGUCCACGCGAGCACCUAGAAUCCUUAAACAUUCCCGUUAUCCAAAGUUUGAAAGUAGGCUACAAUUUGCAAGAUCACUCCACUCUAUCCGGACUAGUUUUCACAGUCAAUAAGCCAGUCACGAUUCGUGAACGUGACAUGCGUCGACCCGAGAAUUUCUUCAACUAUAUGUUCAAUCGAAAAGGCCCAUUCACCGUUCCUGGAGGGGCCGAGGGAAUCGCUUUUGUUAAGACUAACAAUUCGGAUCUGCCUCCAGAUUACCCGGACGUGGAGCUUGUACUGGGAACGGGCGCUGUGAACAAUGACGAAAGUGGUUCCUUGCGGCAUACCUUCGGCAUGACGAAAGAAUUCUACCGGAAAACUUACGGCGCUGCUGCAGGAAAGCACGCAUUCGCAAUUGCCCCGGUAUUGAUGCGACCACGAAGUCGCGGCCGGCUGUAUCUAAAGAGUUCAAAUCCUUUCCACUGGCCUCAUAUGGAAGGUAACUUUUUUGACCACCCGAAGGACAUGUCCACUAUGAUUGAGGGAAUCAAGCUUGCUGUGCGGAUAGGCGAGUCCAAAAGCUUCACUCCGUUUGGGGCAAAGUUACUGAACAUUCCGUUCGAUGGCUGUGAAAAGGAAUCUUUCCGCAGUGACGAUUACUGGAAGUGUUGCAUCCAGCGUAUCGGUGCCAGCAUUCAACAUCAAUCAGGAACCUGCAUGAUGGGACCGAAGAGUGAUCCUAAUGCUGUUGUAAAUCCCGAGCUUCAAGUUUAUGGAAUUAGAAAUCUUAGAGUUGUUGAUGCAUCUAUUAUGCCAUUUUUACCAGCCGCUCACACCAAUGGAGUGGUUUAUAUGAUUGGAGAAAAAGCAGCAGAUAUGGUGAAACAACAUUGGGCGAAUGAUGUUAGUAGUUCUAACGAAGCAUAGAGAUUACAAGUUAUUUACUACACUGCCAUGAUCACCGUAGUCGAAUCUAGUCAU